CGAACGGUCACACAGUGCUUUUAGGAAAAUCGUAUCAUGAGAGGAAAAGCGCCGUGCAAACAGUUAGAAAGUGCGCAAUCGGACAGCGGAAGUGCGAAAAAGAACGGUCAGUGACGCUGCCCCAGCCGUUGGCCAGCUAAUUAAGCAAAAGCUCUCGAGCUGCUAAUUAAAUUAUAAAACAUACAGAAUACAGAAGCGCUAAAGACGGGGCCGAAACCAAGCCCACAAUCCCCGCUUGCUGGCCUAUUUCGCCAAAGAAAAGAGAAGGAACCUCUGAGGAGAGAGUGCUGAAAAGAAGCUUUCACCAAAUCUAGUUUGCCUGCUUGGACUCUCGCCCAGGAGCUCACUAUGUAGACUCAAGAAAGCCCAAGAAAUCAUCAUCAUCGUCAGCAGCAGGGGAAAUCUACACAGCCAGCAUGUCGUUUAUCACGAACCUGAAGAAGGUCUUCCACCUCGGCGGGGGUGAGGCCAAGAAGAAGCGCCUGUACAACAACAUCAAGAUGGACACGGAUCCGGCGGAGGUCUGGGAAAUGGUGGGUGAACUGGGCGACGGAGCCUUCGGGAAGGUCUACAAGGCCCAGCACAAGGAGCACAGGCGCUUUGCCGCCGCCAAAAUGUGCCAGCUGGAGGAUGAGGAGAACCUCAGCGAUCACAUGGUCGAGAUCGAUAUUCUCUCGGAGAUCAAGCACCCGAAUGUGGUGGAACUGUACGAGGCCUUCUCUAUUGAUGAUAAGCUGUGGAUGCUCAUCGAGUACUGCGACGGCGGAGCCCUGGACAGCAUCAUGGUGGAGCUGGAGAAGCCCCUGACUGAGCCGCAGAUUGCCUAUGUUUGCAAGCACAUGACCGAGGGUCUCACCUUCCUGCACCGCAACAAAGUCAUCCAUCGCGAUCUGAAGGCCGGCAAUGUGCUGCUCACCAUGGAGGGUGGCGUUAAAUUGGCGGACUUUGGUGUCUCGGCCAAGAAUAAACAUACUAUGCAAAAGCACGACACCUUCAUCGGCACUCCCUACUGGAUGGCACCCGAGCUGGUGCUCUGCGAAACGUUCCGGGACAAUCCGUACGAUCACAAAGUGGACAUCUGGUCACUGGGCAUCACGCUCAUCGAGCUGGCCCAGAUGGAGCCGCCCAACAGCGAGAUGUCGCCCAUGCGGGUGCUGCUAAAGAUUCAGAAGAGCGAGCCGCCCAAGCUGGAGCAGCCCUCCAGGUGGAGCAAGGAGUUCAACGACUUCCUCAAGAAGUCCUUAGUCAAGGAUCCCCAAGUGAGGCCCACGACGGAUGUGCUGAUGCAGCAUGGCUUCAUCAACAGGAAUCUGGACGCCAAGCCCAUCAAGGAUCUGCUGCUCGAGUACAGGGCCGAGGUCGUGGAGGAGCUGGUGGACGAUGAGACCGAGAAGCUUAAACGCCAAGUGAAGCGGCGCUCGCUCUAUCAGAGGGAACCCCGCAACUCGGCGCUCCAGCUCGACCUGGACGAUGACUCUGCUUCGCUGCAGAGCCAAGACAUUGACAAACUUCCAGGUACACCUACAUCCAUUUUGCGGGAUGCCAAAGAGCAGUCCCAACCAAGUAGCAGUUUACCAAUCGCAGCAGCGGCAGCGGCACCUGCAGCAGCAGCUACAACCACAACUAAAGCAACCACUCCGGACAGACCAAACCACACAAAGGAUGACAAUGCUGAAGCGGCAGCCCAGCAGCCGCCGCAUACCAAAGUGCCUGCUCCAGCGCCUCCGUCGUCGUCGUCGUCGUCCCAGCAAACGCCACCACCGCAAGUCCAGCAGCCACCCACUCCACCAGCCCAAACCACAGCGGCCGUGCUGCAAAAGAAACCCGAAGAUGUGGCAGCUGUUGCAGAGGCAGCUGAAAAAACCGAAUCCGACAAGAAGCACUUUGUCAAAAAGGAAAAGGGCAAAGCCCCGCCCCCGCCGUCACCUUUGGGCCUUGCCAAUGCCAAGCCGCCUGCCAGCGAUAACCAGACAUUAUCUCCCAAAAAGCUGGCCACGCCCGAGCCCAUCUCCUCGCCAGUCACCACGGCCAUUGAGGUGGCCAUUGGCCAGGAGGCGAUGGACCCCAAACCGCAGCCGCCCUCGCCCACAGCCUCCUCCAUUGUGUCUGUGCAAUCGGUGGCCUCCUCCUCCGCCAGCUCCUCGGGCAGCGUCUCGAAUGCUGUGCUCAGUUCGAGCACUUCCCUGAUCACCAUCAACAGCGAUCCACCCACACCGCAGCAUCAGCAUCAACAGCUGCCGCCUCUGCAAGCGCAGCACUUGGUUCUGCCUAAUAGCUUGGAGUCGGUGAGUCAGAUUACCGUGGUGACCAGCACCCAUCCGCCGGUGAUUAUCGACAACUCGGUGGUGCCGCCGCCACAGAACGAGGUGGUCAUCGUGUCCAACGAUCUGAACAAGAGCACUCACCUGCACGAGUCGUCGACGGACGACGACUUCCCCUCGCUGGACGACAGCUUGGGCGAUGCCAGCACGCCGCCCCACAAGCAAUCCUCCAUGAUAUUGGCUGUGAAUGAGCCGGCAGCUCCUCCGCCGCAGCCGCAGAACUCCUCCACUGUCCACGCCCGCAAGCUGGACGAGAGUGAGGUGCUGAUUGUGAGUCCCUCGUAUGCGGAUGACGAUUCGGCGUAUAAUACGGCCUCGGGCAGUCACAGUCACGACCACAGCGACCAUCUGAUGGACACCAGCCACGUGUCCGUGGUCACCGUGGGCGAUGAGGUGGUCAAGGUGAAGGACAGCAGCAAUGGAGUCGUCGGCAUCGUGCCCGAGGACGUGAACAUCAUUGUGAACCGGUUCAAGCACGAGAAGCGAUCGCCGGACAGCUCGCUGAGCGAGAAUGGCUCGAAUGGCUCGGUGCGCGGACGCCGGGGCAUUGAGGUGCUCGUGGGCGGCGGCAGCGGGGGAUCCGACGUGGACAGCAUUGGCACCAACACUAGUCAGGACAGCCGGCACGAGACGGAUCACAAUAACAAGCAGCAGCAACCGCCGGCGUCUGUGCUAAUGCCACCGCCGCCGCCCUCGGUGACGAAUAAUAACCACAACCAUGAGACCAUUGACGAGGAGGAGGAGGUGGUGAUUCGGCCCAAGACGAGGGUUCCGCCCGUGGUCAAAGGAGUCAAUGCGCAGGGCCUCACCAAGGAGGAGAUUGAGCUGCGCAAUCUGCGCAAGAAGACACGCAAGCGCACCCGCAAAUUCGAGAUCGAUGGCGUGCAGAUGACCACCACCACGAGUCGGGUGAUCUACGGCGACGAUGAGAACGGACGGAUCUACGAUGACCACGACUUCCGCAAGCAGGAGCUGCGCGAACUGAAGAUGCUGCAGAAGCAGGAGAAGAAGCAGCAGACCGAACUGUACGUGAAGGAGCAGCAGGCCAAGGAGCAGCAGGAUCGCCGCUUCGAGCAGGAGCGUUCCUCGCUGGAGAAGACCUACGAGGCGGACAUGGACAUGCUGGCGCGCCAGCACAAGCAGCUGGUGGAGAAGACGGAGCAGACGCAGGAGAACGAGCUGCGCUCCUCGUCCAAGCGCAUUCGCUCCGAGCAGGAGCAGGAGCUGAAGAUCUUCCGGGAGAACCUCAAGCAGGAGAUCCGGCUGCUCAAGCAGGAGGUGGACCUGUUCCCCAAGGACAAGCGCAAGGACGAGUUCAAGCAGCGGCGCUCGGCCAUGGAACUGGAUCACGAGGAGAAGGAGCGCGCCUUCCUCGAUUCCCUGAAGGAGCGGCAUGAGCUUCUAUUGCGACGGCUGAGCGAGAAGCAUCGCGACCACCUGGCCACCAUCAACCGCAACUUCCUGCAGCAGAAGCAGAAUGCGAUGCGGACGCGGGAGGCUCUGCUCUGGGAGUUGGAGGAGAAGCAGCUGCACGAACGCCAUCAGCUUUCCAAGCGGCAUGUGAAGGAGCUCUGCUUCAUGCAGCGCCACCAGAUGAUCAUACGGCACGAGAAGGAGCUCGAUCAGGUGAAGCGAAUGCUGCAGCGCAAGGAGGAGGACAUGGUCAAGAAGCAGACGAUGGAGAAGCGAGCCCUGCCCAAGCGAAUCCGAGCAGAGCGCAAGGCACGAGACCUAAUGUUCCGUGAAUCCCUACGUAUUUCCACGAACCUGGAUCCGGAUAUUGAACGCGAUCGCUUGAAGAAGUUCCAGGAGCAGGAGAAGAAGCGCUACAUGCAGGAGGAGCGACGAUUCGAGGUCAAGCAUCAAAAGCAAUUGGAAGAGCUACGCGCCACACGCGAAAGCGCCAUUAAAGAACUGGAGCAGCUGCAGAACGAGAAGCGAAGGGCUCUGGUGGAGCACGAGCACUCCAAGCUAUCGGAGAUCGAUGAGCGACUGAAGGGCGAGCUGCGCGAGUGGCGCGAACAGUUGGUGCCCCGCAAACAGGAGCUGAACCAACUGAUCAAGCUGGCCAUCGAUCAGCACGAGAAGCGCUUCGGCCUGGUGGCCAACAGGGAGGAGUUUGAGGAUCAGGAGGUGGAGCUGCCCGUGCGCCUGCGCAACAUCUACAGCGAGCGCUCCUCGCGCAUCCUUCCGCGCCACACCUUCAUCGAUCCCCAGCACUUGCCGCGCUCCCGCUCCUCGCUUUUGAUGAUGGGCGGCGGCGGCAGCCGGCUGUCCAACUUCCGCGGCUCGGCUCCAGACCUCAGCCAAAGUGUGCCCAGUACCCCCAUCAUGCACAAGCAGCAGCGAUCCCAGAUGAUCAGCGAUUUGGUGCUGGAGGAGGACGAGGAGCAGCUGCUGAGCGAACAGAUGAAGCGGGCCAGCGUCACAACGCUGCCGGCACAGAAUCAACUGCGCUUGAUUACACACCUACCGUCGAACGAACUGGUCAAGGUGGUGACCUCCACUCCGCCGCUGAACAACGCGGAGGAUGCGAGUGCCAAGCCGGCGAUGAGCACUUUCAGGGGAGGCAGUACGUCGCCCAAGACACCAGAUGACCUGGGCUUGGUCACCAACCGAUUCAGCCGCCUGGAUGCCAAGGCAGCGGCAGAGGCCAGCAACGUUGAGCUGCGCAUUCACGAGGGUCCCGUGCUGACGGCCCACACGCAGCGCCUGCUGCACACCACAUCCUUUGCCAUCAAGCGACCCUCGCUGGCCAGCCGGAGCAGCGGCCGAUCCUCGCUAAGCAGCGCCCAGUCGAUGUUCAACAUUAAUGAGCUGUCCACGCGGUUCGCCAGCGAUGCAGACCUGAUCUUCGAUUCCGGACGCAAGGCAGCCGCCCUGUUGGACGAAGUGCAGCCCCAGCUGAGGUCCUCGGUUAAGCCGGGACACAGUCGCCUCAACGGAAGCGUGGCAUCGGCGGACUCGGCCGCCUCCUCCGAGGAUUUCUACUACGAUCUGUAUGCGGCCAAGUACAAGCUGCCGAGGGUCAAUCAGCGGCAGCACAGCUGCGAGGAGGAUUCCUCGGCCAUCUAGGAGGCGAAGGAGAUGCAGAAGGAUCAUCGCGAUCAGCACUUGCCACGUUUCGCAGCUUCCAAAUAUACUAACCAGUCAAUCAAACCUGUACUCACACCUACUAACUGCAAAUCAACCUGAUUUUCAUCCCUCGCUUGGUGCUGGCUAACUGCACAUCCCUCGUAGUCUCAAACCCUUUCCCAAUUCAUCUUGCUAACCGAAUUUGUAAAGCUUUUCCCCAUCCACUUAACGCUCUGCAUCGGCGAUAGCCAUACAUUCUGUCUUGCCAAAAGUUGAUUAUGUUUGUUGGAAAUGCUAUUUUAUUGAACGAAAAGUGGAUUACUUGUUUGCCUAUUUUUAAUGCUAAAGUAUUUUCUUGACUUGGAUCAGCCCUCCGCCUCCAAAUGCAUUCCAUUUAAGCAGUAUUAUCGAAGUACUUAGUAAACGAAAAAUGAAAACAAAGAGAAUAAUAAAGAAUACAAUCAACAUUCCACUUAGCAACAUGCCAAGCAUUUGUGUAGCCAUAUCUUACUCUAAACAUUCUUAUAACUAUAGACAUACAAAUAAAUAUUAUCAUAUCGCAAA